UGCAUCACAUCAUAGUUGGAUGUCCAGAUACAAAAGAUAUCUGAACUCAUACUGAGCCUCUCGUUUCUUUCUCUUACCUAAUUCUUUCGUGAACGUCAUCUCAAAAAAGUGGCAGUCUUGUCAGAUCAUAUCUAACUUUACAAACUAAACGAUGCUACGCAGUGCAACAAGAAUAUUUUCAAAUGUUGUUAAACGGGGAUUCGCGAAUGCUCCGGCACAAGAACCAGCGAUUCAAGCUGCUUUUACGGUUCAAGAUCCCAAAGAUUUUGACGAACGUGUGAAAAAUUCAAAAAUACCUGUAAUCGUCGACUUUUAUGCUACAUGGUGUAAUCCAUGCCGAAUGCUGACCCCACGAAUAGAGUCUGUGGUUGCCGAAAAGCAGGGAAAAAUUAUACUUGCUAAAGUUGAUAUUGACGAGAACACAGACUUGGCAUUAAACUAUGAGGUGGGGUCUGUGCCGGUUUUAAUUGCGAUGAAGGAUGGAAAGGAGUUGGAAAGAAUAGUUGGACUACAGGACACGGACAAGCUGCGCCAAUUUGUAGAUAAAUAUGUGGACUCGAAAAAAUUGUAAAUUAUUUUUAGUCCUACGGUAUUUCCUGUACUAAAUACUUCCUAUACCGACUACACUAAGGAAAGAGGUUCGACAAGUCACCUAUUGUAACAAAAUAGAUGCAGUUUUAUUUAUUGUGUAACAUAAUAAAAUGUAAUAAAUAUUCACUGUAUA